CCAGGGGUUCAGAAGGAGAGACGCUGCACUCUGAUUGGAGGAAGUGACCAGGAAGUGAUACAUCAACAAAGAAAGAUGGCUGAAGUGAUAGAGCUCCAGAAACUUAAGCUUGCUGAACUGAGGCAGGAGUGUGAGGCCCGAGGUCUGGACACCAAGGGAAACAAAGGAGAGCUCAUCGCCCGACUGCAGGCGUACCUGGAGGAGCACGGUGAGACGACAGACUUCACACUUAGACAUGAGGAAGAUGUUGAUGUCGAUGAUGUGCUGGCAGAGGACACGGAGGAAUUCACUAAGGUCGAUGGUGUUGAUGGUGCCGACGAUUUGAAAAGCGAGAAGGAGCCUACUGAGGAAGAGACAGCUGAAGAUAAGAAGGUGGUGAAAAUCGUUCCUCCAUCAUCUACUGGUGAAAGACUACAGAAGAGAGCUGAACGCUUCAACCUGCCGGCCACAGCUGAAAGCAAAAAGGCCAUCCGUGCAGCAAGGUUUGGUGAAACCACGGAGAAGUCCGCUCCAGCUCCCACCGCAGCAGGCGGUGUUGCGGCCGCUAAAGCUCCUGUGAACGUUGAUCAGCUGAAGAAGAGAGCAGAACGAUUUGGCAUGAACGUCUCCUCCGUUUCACAAAAGAUUGAAGAGGAUGAGAAGCUGAAGAAGAGGAAGGAGCGGUUCGGGGUCACGGCAGCUUCAACAGGUGCAGUUGCUGCAGUGGCUGCAGUCGCUACAGCCGCUUCACCCGCUUCACCCGAAGUAGAGGCAAAGAAAAUGAAGCGUGCGGAAAGAUUUGGGAUUGUGUGAAAAACAUUUUAGAGCCUGUGUUUUUUUGUAAAGCAUUUUCAUUACUGCACAACCGAGAUCCCGAAAGACAACAAAUGACUCCGAUAGGACUCCUGUCAAUCAAAAGUAUAAUUUAGAUCCAAAGAUAAAUGGAUGGGUUAGACCCUGUAAAACAAACAAGAAAAUAAUCUCAAACAACUGAAUUCAAUCUACUUCCUUUUCAUUUAUCUUACUUUUUCUAUUCAAUUUGAGAGGUGUUUAUAAACGGAAAAGGCAUCAUCAGUUUCUUUCUAUUAACAUCGAUGUUCACGCGUCACUGUUUUUUCAAAGCUGCAUUAAAGUUCAUUUACAGUCUUUAUCCAGAAACCUGCAGUAUCUCCACAGUCAAAUCCUUCCAGCUGUUUAGCGGAAAUAAUUUAAUCUCUAAGUCUCAGGAAAUAUGUGCUGUUCAAUCUUAAAUCAUAAUGGGGCACUCGUCAUCCACUAGAAAGGUCCCGAAUCAAAUGAGGAAGUGGAGGCAAAACAAAAAUGCAUUUAUUGGGAGAAUCUACAGGAAGCGUGAAGGCCACUUGAGUGUUGACUAAGCAUCAUAAAGACCAGUGAGGCUCUAACUGAUUGGAUAGAUACAAAUAGGAACUCAAUCUGUGUCACAUCCUAGAUUAAGCAGGAACUAAAAGCAAACUAGUAUCUUAAUACACUUAUACAUACCACACGUAAAUACAGAACUAUGAUUUUUCUGUCUGUUAAGUGCUUUAACUCACUCAUUUGUCUGUACCUGUGUAUUUAAUUGUACUUUUGAUUUAUCAGACAGCCUAUUGUUUUUUUCUGUGUUUUAUCUUUGGGAUUCCAUUGGUUCACUGCUUCAGUUAUCUGUCCAUUUUAUAACAUUUUGUGAUUUAAAAUAAAUUGUUUUCAACUUUU